UCUCCCCGCCGCGGGCUUUGCCGCCAGGCUGUCCAGCCCGUUCGGAGGGGAGAGAUGAUCCCGCUCCGCACUCCGAAGCGACCCCGCGCAGGUGAGGGCAGCCCCGCCGGGGCGAGGGCGGGGGGCUCCGACCGCCCCGCCCCGCGCCGCAGGAAGCACCGCCCUCGCUCCUUCCUUCUCCUCCUCCUCCUCUUCCUCCUCCAGCCGCCUCUCCGCGGCGGUGGCGGCGGUUUGGCGAUGCAGGGGGAUUUCUCUCUGGCUGACUGCGACGUGAUGGGCUUCGACCUGGACCACACGCUCUGCCGGUACCACCUCCCGCAGAGCGCACGGUUAAUAUAUGAUAGUUUUGCCCACUAUCUGGUAACGGAGAAGGGUUAUGACAAGGACUUGCUGACUCUAGCUCCAGAUAGCUUGGACUUCUGUUGUAAAGGCUUGGUGUUGGACAUAGAAGAAGGAAACUUCCUGAAACUAGCAGAAGAUGGAACAGUUUUAAGGGCAAGCCAUGGUACAAAGUGCAUGACAUCUGAAGAGAUCCUGGAGACAUUUGGAAGGAGGGAGUGGAAGCAUUUCAGUACAGUCAGUGGAAUGGUUUCCCGCUCAGCUAAAUACUAUUUGUACGAUAAUUAUUUUGACCUGCCAGGAGCUCUCUUGUGUGCAAGGGUUGUGGACAGCUUAGAUCAGCAUGAUCGUCAGAAAACAUAUGACUUCUGGAAGGACAUGGUGGCUGCUAUCCAGCAUAAUUAUAAAAUAUCAGCUUUUAAAGAAGACUGUGGGAUGUAUUUCCCAGAAGUGAAAAAUAACCCAGACAAAUAUUUACAAAGAUGUCCCGAGUCUGUAAAAAAGUGGCUGAAACAACUGAAGAGUGCUGGGAAGAUUCUGCUAUUAAUUACUAGUUCCCACAGUGACUAUUGCAGGCUCCUGUGUGAACAUACUAUUGGGAAUGAUUUUGAAGAGUAUUUUGAUGUUGUGAUCACAAACGCUUUGAAACCUGGUUUCUUCUCCCAUACCCCAAACCAAAGACCUUUCCGAACUCUUGAGAAUGACGAGGAGCAGGAGGCUCUGCUGUCACUGGACAAGCCUGGAUGGUAUUCCCAAGGCAACACUAUCCAGCUUUAUGAACUACUGAAGAAAAUGACUGGCAAAUUGGAUCCCAAGGUUGUUUAUUUUGGUGACAGCAUGCACUCAGAUAUUUUCCCAGCCCGUCACUAUAGCAACUGGGAAACCGUCUUCAUCUUAGAGGAGCUUCUAGGGGACAAAGUUACAGUGCCUGCGGAGAAUGAAUCUGAACCGUUGGAGAAGAAAGGAAAAUAUGAGGGAGGCCAGCUGAAAACUCCUUACUUUAUAUCUGAACAAUGGGGCUCUUACUUCGUGGACAGAUUGCCAGGGCUGGAAAAUGCAGAGGAAACUUUAGUUCGCACGUGGUCCUGUAAAUGUAUAAGCACUUACAGCACUAUCGCAAUCCCUAGUCUUGAAGCAAUAGCAGAUUUACCACUGGAUUAUAGAUUUACACGAUUUUCCUCAAAUAACUCAGCAACUGCUGGGUACUACCCAAGCCCUCCAAGAGCACUGCUGCCAAUUGAGGAGUCAGUGACUAUGAAAUAGGUUGACGUCUUUUUCCUUAAAUAACCCUGUGGCCAUUACUUAAACUGCUAUGAAAGGCUAAUGGGUGAAAAUGCUGUGUGAUGCUUCAUAAUAUAGAAUGAUGGAUUAAAGCAGACUCCUGUGUAGACUUGUGUUUCACUUGUUGCUCUGGUCCAGCCAGAACAAGUGAGCAACGCAUCUAAGUCUUCUGACCACCACUACUUUUUGCAAUGUGCUUGUUGGCUUUUUCCAUGCACUGUCCACAUCCUUCAAGAGAAAUGUACUAGUAAUAACUCAUCCCAAGUUACAUUCUACAUUUUCAAGGAUUUUUUCAGUACUAUCCCUAUUUAAGGUGAUGCUGUUGCUACCAAAAGCCCCAGAAAAGCCAUGAACCAGACCCUAAGCCAUACUUCAUUAAGAGUUACUUUGGACUGCCCAGGUUAUCACCAUAGUAUGAUCAGUGUUUUGCAGGCUCUGAGGAAUUUAUUCAGUCACUGUAGCUGUUCUUGGAGAUACAGAAAGACUGAGGCCCAAAGAGAAAGAUGCAUCAUACCCAAAAAGAGACUUGAAUGGGAUUUAGGCAGCUAAAUGCACACUGGCAGUCUUGAAAGCUUUUGUCACGUGCUUCGUAUUCCUGAAAGUGCCUAACCACUAUUCAACAGCAAGGUUCCCUGCAACGCCUUUUCCUCCUAUAGUCUUCAAUACCUCAAGAGUCAGUGCUCUUCUGCAGAAGGAGGGAAGCCUGUGUACACUUCCCUUCUCAGCUUGAGUGGAUUUGAACCCAUGUUCUCCACCUUCCUGGGAAAUCCUUGUGAGAGUGGGAAGGCCAUAGCACCCAGCUAUAUAGAGCCAUCCUUGCUAAGUACAGCCUCAACCCAAACGAGAAGCAAGACUGAAGACAUGAGCUGAAUAUGCCCAUUUUUAUUGACUAAUUUAAGCAAACAGGCAUCCUGUUCUCUGUGAAUUUCUUUCCAAAGACCCAUUCUCCGGUGUUUUGGACAGGGAGCCUUCGGUAACUAACACAUGCAAAAACAUGUCAAAGACAUUUGUUUAGUCAGCAGUUGUGUCAGACUAAGAUGGAAAAAUUUUGGAUAAAUUUCCCUCGAAGUUUAAAGAACAAUAAAAAUAAUUUUUUUUUUUCAUAUUUUCAAGAAAAAUAAUUUAUUUUCUUAGGCCUAGACAAUUAUCAGAAUGGAUUUAACUUGUGUUAACAUUUGUGUCACCACAGGUCACUCUAUAUUUUUGCAGUUUCACCAGUUAAAAUAUUUUGUGUCAGAAUCAGACACAGACACCAUUCCACCUCAUUUCAGAGUUAUCAGCUUUUGUUUCCACACUUUUUUCUUACCUUUACAUAGGAUGUUAUUUUUACAUUCUUGUGAUCCAGUAUAUUUACAAGUAAAAUGCAACAUUUCCAAUUUAACAGUAAGCAUUUAUUUUUUGAAAGGGAAAAAUAAAACAAGUGAGGAAAAAAUUGAGAAAAGCUUUGCCUAAAACAAGGUGGGUGAGGAAGGAAAAUGAAAGUGCCGUUCUCCUCCUCUUAAACUAUAUGCUGAAAAUAUUUACUUAAGAAGGUACCAAUAAGUAACACUUGAGUACAUUUUGUAAUUUUUAAAUUAGUAUCAAUGUCUAGCAAAUCAUGAGCCAGCAAAUCUGGCUCAUGAUAAGGGUAUGAUUUGUACUAAGCAAGGAAUUACCCAGAUUAAAAUUUCAGAUCCCUGAUUACAGCAUCAUUUGAAAUUCUGACUUGAAUCAAGUAAUCCUCUGCAAAUAAUUUCUAACUAGAUUAUGAUCCAAAACAAUAUUUUGUGCCCUCACGCUUUUGUUGUUCUGAAUUUGGAUCUGAUUUUUGUGGGUUACGGGGAUUUUUUCUUGCUUUUUAUGGAAAGUUAAUUAAUGUUGAAUUGUUAAUGGAAAUUAGAGUGAAAAUCAUCUAAGUCAGCCCUUGGUUCCUGGCAUCUCAGUGGAGAAGAAGUAUUUUUUUUUUCAUGAGAGGGUGACUGAUUGCAAGGACAGACUGAACACGGGGUUUACCAGAACAAAUACAUCUACAGGCUUGCCCGGCUGGUAGGUGACAGUACCCAUUUCUGACAAAGGCUGUCACCAGCCAUUUGCACUUGCUGCCAGAGGGACCACACAGUAGCAGAGAAAGAAGUAGACCACAGAAGGCCACUGUAAGCAUGACUCCAUGUGCCACCACAGUCUGUGGCUGCAGGAAGACUUAGGAAAAAUAAUGGAAGCGUUUGCCCAGAAAACAGUUUUCCUGUGAAAUCAGGACUUAACGACUCUUACUAAAGACUCUUCUCAUUCAAGAAUUUCUGAAGAUUAUGCAGGUCUUAUUAUGAAGCCCUCCAAAAUAAAACAGAGCAUUGUCUUUUAGGUUGGAUGAAAAGGUUUCAUAAAUCCAGGCAAUUUUUCCAGUCUCUCCAAACAGACUUGCAGUACCAGUAUUUGUCGAUUCAGCCACCGGGUUGCACAUGCUCAGCAGAACUGAUGGCGGGGCCUGGCUGCCCCGAGUGGCUGCAGAAGUGGAGGUUGGCGAUGGAGAAACUUUAGGAAAGCAGUCGCUGCUGUGGUGAUGAGAGAGACGCUGGAAAUGGAGGUGGCCUGGAGACCAGGGAGAAGAUAUGCACAUGGCAGAAAAUUGGUAAAGAGCUGGCCAUAUUUAACAUGCUGCUGUAAAGGCACCAACUGGGCUUCCUCCUUCUUUUUAUUUUUUUUUAAACUCCUGAAAAUCUCUGAAAUUUCUUGGAUUCUGUUGUGAGAGGCCAUUAGCAGAAAGAUCUCUGAAGUGCCUGCAAAACUAUCUUGAGUAUUGGCGGGGAGACAUAAAGUCAUAAAGAUUAAAAUCACUAUGUUUGGUUAUAUAGCCCUGAAAGCCACAGUUUUGCUUAAAACCAGAGAUGAAUACCAUGUCUCUUUUGGUAUAAAGCAUAUAUGUCUGAAUUUUAAAAUAAAGAGAGUUUAUUUCUGAAAAAAAA